CUCCCCGCCACCACCGCGGUCCGCUGCUCAGCCAGCCGCGGAGAAGGAAGAAAGGAGCAGAGGCGGCGGAGGUAUGGAUCCGCAGCCGCCCCCGCCCGCGCAGGGCAGCCCCGUCCAACGGGGCCGUGGCCGGGGCCGGGGCCGGGGUCGCGGCCGAGGCCGGGGCCGGGGCAGAGGGGGCGCAGGCGCACCCCGGGCCCCCCUGCCCUGCCCCACGUGUGGCCGCCUCUUCCGCUUCCCCUACUACCUCUCCCGCCACAGGCUGAGCCACUCGGGGCUGCGGCCGCACGCCUGCCCGCUGUGCCCCAAGGCCUUCCGCCGGCCAGCCCACCUGUCCCGCCACCUGCGCGGCCACGGGCCCCAGCCGCCCCUGCGCUGCGCCGCCUGCCCGCGCACCUUCCCCGAGCCCGCACAGCUGCGGCGCCACCUGGCCCAGGAGCACGCGGGGGGCGAGGUGGAGCUGACCACUGAGCGGACGGCCAAGGAGGCCACCGAGGCGGGCUGGGGCUCGCCGGAACGGGCAGCGCCCGAACAGCCCACCGCGGCCGCCGCCAGCCCGGGGCAGGCGCUGGAGGAGGAGGCCGCCUGGCCGGACGCGUGGCCCGCGGGGGAGGCGGCGCACGAGGCCCCUGUGGACGCGGCGGCCAGCGAGCCCUGGGAGCCGGAGGAGGAGGAGGACGCGGCGGCGGCGGCGGCGGCGGCUGCGGCAGCGGCCGGGGCGGCCGAACUGCGCGCUGAGCUGGCACUGGCGGCUGGCCGGCAGGAAGAGAAGCAGGUGCUGCUCCAGGCCGACUGGACGCUGCUCUGUCUCCGCUGUCGCGAGGCCUUCGCCACCAAGGGCGAGCUGAAAGCGCACCCGUGUCUGCGACCCGAGGGCGAACAGGAAGGCGAAGGGGGUCCCCCGCCGCGCCCCAAGCGCCACCAGUGUUCCAUCUGCCUCAAGGCCUUCGCACGGCCCUGGUCGCUGUCCCGCCACCGCCUGGUCCACUCCACCGACCGGCCCUUCGUGUGCCCGGACUGCGGCCUGGCCUUCCGCCUGGCCUCCUACCUCCGCCAGCACCGGCGCGUGCACGGCACGCUCAGCCUGCUCGCCCCGCUGCCCGCCGCGGGCCGCAAGGACGACAGGGCUGCCCGGAACUCAGGAAAGGGGCCGGAGGGCGGCGAGGGCGCGGCCGAGGGCGGCGAGGGGGCCCCCCUGGGCGCCGACGCCCCCGCGGCGCGCGCCCCGGCCGGCGAGCCCCGCUUCUGGUGCCCGGAGUGCGGCAAGGGCUUCCGGCGCCGCGCGCACCUGCGGCAGCACGGGGUGACGCACUCGGGGGCGCGGCCCUUCCAGUGCGUGCGCUGCCAGCGCGAGUUCAAGCGCCUGGCCGACCUGGCCCGCCACGCGCAGGUGCACGCGGGCGGCCCAGCGCCCCACCCCUGCCCGCGCUGCCCGCGCCGCUUCUCCCGGGCCUACAGCCUCCUGCGCCACCAGCGCUGCCACCGCGCCGAGCUGGAGCGCGCCGCAGCACUGCAGGCUCUGCAGGCCCAGGCCCCGUCCUCGCCGCCGCAGCCGCCCACCGCGGGCCGGGAGGAGGAAUCGGGCCCCGCGCGGGUCAAAGAGGAGCCGCCCUCCCCCGGCAGCCCGCCGCCCUCGACCCCCCCGCCACCCGUGCCCCCUGUCUUCCUCAGCGCCUCCUGUUUUGACAGCCAGGACCACUCGGCCUUCGAGAUGGACGAGGAGGAGCUCGACAGCAAGGCGCACCUGCGCGGGGUGGGGGGCCUGGCCUGAGCACUUCUGCACCUGCGAGCCGCUCCUCCAGCACUCGGGUCUGCAGUGCUGAGGAGGGAAGUCGAAGGCGAGGUCCCUCCUCUGUGCCCCCACCCUGCCCCUUCCAGCCUGUGACACUAUGGAUGGGGAGCCCCCCGGGGCGUCCCUCCCGCCCCAUUGCCCGCCCCCAGGCCCCCAUGCUGGCUAGAACCGCUCACUCCAACCCUAUGUCUUAGGGCAGGACGGCUUGGAGAAUGCGGACGACAGUUGCCUGGAGGGAUGGAGACAGGUGGGGGCGCCCUCCCUGGCCGCCCACCUCCAUUAUACACACUGGACACGGUCACUCUUUGGAGCUGCCACAUCCUAGGGGUCCCCAGCGAGCAGAGGCCCGACCCUGUUCCUUUGUCGGUCUGUGAAUAAAUGUGAGUCCGUGAAACUGCA